AUGUUCGUAAUUCAGCCGGUUUUGCACUCAGCUUUGGCCGGAAUUUGUGAUUACCCCAGCAACUCGGUGGCCGUCCACAUGACGCUCGGCUUCGGCGAGACGUUCGUCUACCUCAAUCUCCUGUACUACGUGAGCACCCUCAUGCUUCACCGCGAGUACUUCCCCUUCCUGCCGACCCCGGAGUCGGAGCCACGGGGUCCAGUCGACCAGCCCAUGCUGGGGGCGCCCGCCCCCGAGGGCUGGUGGGACGACAGCUCCCGACUCCUCUUCGGCGCGGCAGAGCACAUCGCCGCCAUUCUACACGAGGCCUCCGAGUGUGGCGUGCAUCUCAUGACGCCCUUUGCCGGGUUCUGCGCAUUCUCAGCCGGCUACCUCAACCUCUACGUGGCGAAAUACCCCCGAAUGAACCUGGGCCGCAGCCCGCGAGCAAGCGACUGUCUCAAAAUGUGUCUCGACUACCUGGAAAAGUUUCGACUUGUCUGGAAAAUCGCCGACGGAUGGGGCGGCACGCGCAAGAUCAAAACGAUACACCAUGCAUCCGUGCUCUACGAGCGAGCAACCGAGGACCGGACACGAUACCAGGGGCGCACACGAGCAGACUUUGAUACUCUACACCAGUCUGUCCACGAGUUCCGUGUCGUGGAUAGAUCCGACGCGCAUACUCGGGAGAUUCGGGGCGCGGAGCGGCCCUCGGCGCAGGCGACUUGGCCGGUUCAAGGGCACGAGCACGAGCACGAGCACGAGCACGAGCUCGACACUAAUACCUUGUUGAACCAGCUUUUCGCGGAAGUCAGCAAUAACCUCGACGAGCAGGGGGCCUGGUCUCAAUGGUGGCCGGCGAUUGAUCAGGUGGAUCUUUAA